AUGGAGUCAAAAGCGAAGAGAAGAGUUGCUACAGAGAAUGGGGAUACUGGCGAGGACUUGGUCCUUGCUACAUUGAUUAGGAAUGGAGAUGACCUCGGUCCUAUUGUCCGGCAUGCAUUUGAGAUGGGGAGGCCAGAAUCACUCCUUCACCAGCUCAAGCAUGUUGUGAAAAAGAAGGAAGUCGAAAUUGAGGAGCUCUGCAAGACUCAUUAUGAGGAAUUCAUUCUUGCAGUUGACGAGCUUCGUGGUGUGUUGGUUGAUGCCGAAGAGCUAAAAGGCGAGCUCUCUAGUGAUAAUUUCAAGUUGCAAGAGGUUGGGAGUGCUUUAUUGAUUAAACUUGAGGAGCUUCUUGAAUCUUAUUCAAUAAAAAAGAAUGUGACUGAAGCUAUCAAAAUGUCCAAGAACUGUGUACAAGUGUUGGAGCUCUGUGUCAAGUUUAAUAAACACAUAUCUGAGGGCCAGUUUUACCCGGCAUUGAAAACUUUGGAUUUAAUUGAGAAAAAUUACUUGCAGAAUAUUCCUGUCAGGGCAGUUAGAAUGAUUGUAGAGAAGAGAAUUCCAAUAAUUAAAUUGCACAUUGAGAAGAAAGUGACUAGUCAAUUCAAUGAAUGGCUGGUUCACAUAAGGAGUUCUGCAAAGGAUAUUGGACAAACGGCAAUUGGUCAUGCUGCAUCUGCACGUCAGAGGGAUGAGGAAAUGCUCGAGCUCCAAAGGAAAGCUGAGGAGCAGAAUAUUUCAGGGUUGGGAGAUUUUGCAUAUACUUUAGAUGUUGAAGAAAUUGAUGAAGAAUCUAUUUUGAAGGUUGACCUAACUCCUCUAUACAGGGCAUAUCACAUCCAAAGUUGCCUAGGAAUCCAAGAGCAGUUUUGGGAAUAUUACUAUAGAAAUCGAUUGUUGCAGCUUAAUUCAGACUUGCAGAUCUCUUCAGCACAGCCUUUUGUUGAAUCCCAUCAAAUAUUUUUGGCUCAAAUUGCAGGAUACUUCAUAGUGGAGGAUCGAGUUUUGAGGACAGCCGGGGGCCUACUGUUAGCUGAGCAAGUUGAAAAAAUGUGGGAUACAGCUAUAGCAAAAAUGAAAUCUGUGUUAGAGGAACAAUUCUCCCAUAUGAAUUCUGCGACCCAUCUUCUCUUGGUGAAGGAUUAUGUGGCUCUUCUUGGCUCUACUCUUAGACAAUAUGGGUAUGAAGUGGGACCACUUCUUGAGACGCUUGACAAGAGCAGAGACAAAUACCACGAACUUCUUUUGGAAGAGUGCCGUCAACAAAUUGCAAAUGUUAUUGCCAGUGAUACCUAUGAACAGAUGGUCUUGAAAAAGGACACUGACUACGAAAGUGUUGUCCUGUCAUUCAAUCUCCAGACAUCAGAUAUAACACCAGCAUUUCCGUACAUUGCACCAUUCUCCUCCACAGUACCUGAUGCCUGCCGAAUUGUCAGAUCAUUCAUCAAAGGGUGUGUUGAUUACUUGUCUCAUGGGGCACAUACUAAUUUUUAUGAUGUUGUGAGGAAGUAUUUGGACAAACUGUUGAUAGAUGUGUUAAAUGAGGUGAUACUUAAUACAAUUCAAAAUGGCAACAUUGGUGUCUCCCAAGCCAUGCAGAUUGCUGCAAACAUAUCCGCACUUGAAAGAGCUUGUGACUUUUUCCUUCGUCAUGCAGCCCAACUAUGUGGGAUCCCAAUCCGGUCAGUUGAGAGGCCUCAAGCUUGCUUAACUGCUAAGGUGGUUCUAAAGACUUCAAGGGAUGAAGCUUAUCAUGCAUUGUUGAAUUUGAUGAACAAGAAGUUGGAUCAGUUCAUGGCACUUACCGAAAAUAUCAGUUGGACUUUAGAGGAACCACCUCAGAAUGGGAAUGAUUAUAUAAAUGAAGUUGUUAUUUACCUCGAUACUCUUCUGUCGACAGCACAACAAAUUUUACCUUUGGAUGCUUUGUACAAGGUUGGGAAUGGGGCUCUUGAUCACAUUUCUAACUCUAUAGUGUCGGCUUUUCUUAGUGAUAGCGUCAAGAGGUUCAAUGCCAAUGCAGUUAUGGGUAUCAACAAUGAUUUGAAGAUGCUGGAGUCUUUUGCGGACGAGAAGUUUCACAGUACUGGCUUGAGCGAAAUUUACAAAGGAGGUAGUUUUAGAGGUUGCUUGAUAGAAGCACGACAAUUGAUAAACCUUUUGUCGAGCAGUCAGCCAGAGAGCUUCAUGAAUCCUGUGAUAAGGGAGAAAAACUACAACGCUUUGGACUACAAAAAGGUGUCUAGUAUCUGCGAGAAGUUCAAGGAUUCUACUGAUGGGAUUUUUGGGAGCCUUUCAAAUAGGAAUAACAAGCAAAGUGGUCGUAAGAAAUCACUGGAUAUGCUUAAGAAAAGAUUGAAGGACUUCAACUGA